GAGCGAGCGAGCGCACGCACGCGCGCGCGCAUUAAACCUGAUGCACUGAUCCCGACAUGGCCGUCAGUGUGUAACGGAGGGGAAUAAUAGUAAUAAUAAUAACAACGUUAAUACAAAGGAUUAACCACAGAAACACGGGAAAACCUCGCGAUCGGACGCAUAAGAGCGGCGAAUGGUGGGCGCGCGCUCUGACGGCGCGUUCAGGUGAAGCGGAAGCGACCUGCGCGCGCUGGAGUACACGGAGGAGAGAGAGAGAGAACAGACAGAGCUGGAUGGAGCGCCGCGCGCUGAAGGCCCGAGUGUGAUCAGGGAGGAAGUUACGAGGAGAUUACAGAAGCUGCUGUGAUGAUAUUUGGCCCCAGCAUGGUUUUCCCGUUAGUGCUGUCGUGAGCGUGUACAGGCUCGGGGGAGUGUCAGUGGGUCAGGGUGUUGGAUUGUAAGAGUGUCAGAGGGUCCAGGCACACCGGAGCACGUCAUGUGGCAGACGGGAUUCAUGGUAGACAAUCAUCUGCUCCGAAUUCCCAGAAUGGUGAACACGAGUAUGGCGACAAGCACCACAGACGUUACCACUACAACACCUUCACCUCAGGGACCCAAUAUCGUAGCGAUCGUUGUGCCAAUAGUGGUAAUACUAGUGCUCAUCCUAAUAGGAGUGCUGAUCUUCCUGUUCUGCACGGUGAGGAAGAAGAGGCAGACGGAGGGGACGUACAGACCGAGUGCUGAGGAGCAGACGGGCGCACGCAGCGUCGAGGCCCCGAAUGCACUCAAACUGCCCAAAGAGGAGAGACUCAUUUAAGACACACCGAGUGCUGCCAGGACAUGGUGUCGAAAAACACCCAGCAUUUCAGAAAAAACAAAGUUGGAUUUCUUUCGAAUGAAUCACAAAAGCACACAUUUGUGUGUGUGUGUGAGAGAGAUAGAGUGAGAGAGUGUUACAGCUGGUUACAGUUGCUGACGAGGAUGUCACACCUAUCAUUCUUCACUGUUAUACACUACCAAGAACUGAGGCGUGUCUAUGUGUCAUCCGGUCCAAUUGGUUCAUGAACUGAAAAUCAAGACCAAAACUUCUCUAAAGGUUGGGGGUGUGAUUACUUUUGGACUUUUAUUUUUUCCUAUUCUUGUUUUGGCCUGCUGCUGGAUACUGGACUGCAAGGAUAGUUUUAUAUAUAUAUAUAUGUAUGUAUUUUAAAAAGAAUUUAUCUAUGUUAUAUUCAAUUUUUUUAAAAUGUUGUUAGGUUAGUUAAAACCUGAACCACUAGGAUUAAGCACAAGUGAUUAUUACCUAUGAUUUAAAAACCUGAUUUUCCAGAAACCUCCCCAGCAAAAAAACACACACCAUCUCGCUUUUGUUUCAAUGAAACUCAUCCUGAAUGCACUUGAGUUAAAUUUGUAUUUGUAUGUUUUUUUUUAACCACAAAUCAGUCUAAGCAAAAAUUCAUUUUUGGACCUGAAGAUAAUUUAUUUGGUUGUCGAUUUCACCCCUUUUACCCAGCCCUUUCCAGUUAAGAUGAAUGCUAAUGCUGUUUGCAGUAGACACAAAGCACAGCGGUUGAAAAGGGAAAAAGAAAAAAAACAAAAACGCUUGAUUGCUUGUCCAAAUUUGCAAAUCUGGUCGAGAGAUAAAAAUGGAAAAACAAAUCCAGGUGGUUAAACACAGCUGAAGACAUUUCAUGCACAGACAUAUUACAACUGUUUGACUGUACAAAAGCAAAGACAUAUAUUAAAUUAUAAUUUAGUAAAAUGUACUUUCUUUGGAUUUCUUUUUGCAACUUCAGGA